AAAAAGAAACACAAAGAUCUAUCACGACAGAAUCUAAAACCGGACCAAAUUUGUUCCAAAACACAGCAACACCAAACCUUAUAACUAACUCCUUCGACCACCAACCUUCAUUAUCCACAAGAAAUCAGACAAGAAUGGUGAAGGCUCUUGUGAUCAUAAACUGCAUAAUUCUAGCCAUAGGAAACUGUGGAGGUCCUUUGAUUAUGCGUCUCUACUUCAACAAUGGCGGUAAAAGGAUUUGGUUCUCUACGUUUCUUGAAACUGCAGGCUUUCCUGUUAUCUUCAUUCCUCUGCUCUUCUCUUACAUUACCCGGCGCAGAAGCAACAAUGUGGGUGAUAGUACAAGUUUCUUUCUUAUCAAACCGCGUCUUCUUAUCGCCGCUGUUAUUGUAGGCAUUCUCUCAGGGUUUGAUAACUACUUGUAUGCAUAUGGUAUAGCUUAUCUUCCAGUUUCUACAGCUGCUCUUAUCAUUGCUUCACAGUUAGCUUUUAUAGCUAUCUUCUCAUUCUUCAUGGUUAAACAUAAGUUCACUCCUUUUACCAUCAAUGCUGUUGUGUUGUUGACUGUUGGUGCUGCGGUUUUGGGAAUGCAUACCGAAACUGAUAAGCCAGUUCAUGAGACUCACAAGCAGUACAUAACUGGUUUCUUGAUUACUGUAGCAGCAGCUGUUAUGUAUGCUUUCAUCUUGCCAUUAGUGGAACUUGCUUACCAGAAAGCUAAGCAAACCAUGAGCUAUACCCUUGUGCUCGAGUUCCAGUUGAUUUUGUGUCUCCUUGCUUCUAUUGUCAGCGUCAUCGGUAUGUUCAUCGCUGGUGAUUUCAAGGCCUUACCAAAAGAAGCAAGAGAGUUCAAGCUUGGAGAGGCAUUGUUCUAUGUGGUGGCUGUGUUUUCAGCCAUCAUAUGGCAAGGCUUCUUCUUGGGAGCCAUUGGAUUAAUCUUCUCCACAUCGUCUCUCGUCUCGGGUAUUAUGAUAUCAGUGCUUUUGCCAAUUACAGAGGUUUUAGCUGUUAUAUUCUACCAUGAAAAGUUUCAAGCUGAGAAGGGACUUUCUCUUGCUCUCUCCCUUUGGGGCUUUGUCUCUUACUUUUAUGGUGAGAUAAAGUCUGGCGAGGAUAAAAGGAGAAUUCAGCAGGAGGAGAGUCAGGAGACAGAACAAUCUUCUUUGUCAAGACCCAUAAGUGAGUGUUAAAACUCAACGAAG